ACUUGUAUUUACCUGUAUCGUUUCAUCCCUAUUCUCCUUUUUAUUUCGUUGCUGGGUAGGAAAGACUUAAACAGCAAAGAUGGGUAAGGGAAAUAAUAUGAUUCCAAAUGCUCAUUUUCACAAAUGGUGGCAGCGGAACGUGAAGACAUGGUUCAAUCAGCCUGCACGCAAAUAUCGCAGACGCCAAAAUCGCGUCAAGAAAGCUAAAGCUGUAUUCCCGCGUCCGGCACAAGCAUUGCGCCCUGUUGUGCGCUGCCCAACUAUCCGUUAUCACACCAAAUUACGUGCAGGACGCGGAUUUACUCUCGAAGAAUUGAAGGGUGCCGGAUUAACAUAUGGAUUCGCCAGAACCAUUGGUGUUUCUGUAGAUAAGAGACGCAAGAAUAAGUCGUUGGAAUCGCGUCAACGAAAUAUUCAGCGCUUGAAGGAGUACAAGAGCAAAUUAAUUUUGUUCCCUAUCAAUGAAAAAAAGAUCCGUAAGGGCGAAUCUAACCUGGAAGAAUGCAAAUUGGCUACUCAACUCAAGGGAACAGUUAUGCCAAUUAAGAAGGAACAGCCACUCAUUGAAUUCCGUGAGAUCGCUAAGGAUGAACAGAAAUUCAAGGCAUUCGCUACUCUGCGGAAAGCUCGGUCUGAUGCUCGUCUGGUUGGUAUUCGUGCUAAGCGGGCCAAGGAAAAUGCUGAUAAUCCUGAUGAUGCUAGUAAAGAUGUGAAAAAGUCCAAAAAGUAAAUUUGUUUAAAAAUUUUAAAUAAAAUAACAUUUUUGCGAAAUA